AUGACAUUUGGCAUGUCCUUGACCCAUCACGGACUGUCUCGAUCACUCACGUCAUCAAAUUUCAAACGAACAUCUCUCGUCGAAGAACCUAAAUUCACACUCUCCACGAACCAAUCCUUUUAUCCCAAUUUUUCCUUCGCUCCACAAUUCGGAACGUUUCGAGUGAAUAUUCGAUAUGAAACCAUUCCCUUUCUAAACAAUGUUUCCUUUUCACUUUCCUAUCUAACUGUUGAAAAAUUUAAUCAAGUCAUGAAUUUGAAUUCUGGAAUUUUCAAAGAUUCAGAUUUUGAUGGCGAUUUUGAUUUAUUUCACUUUGAUCAAGUUUCGUUUGUUGGAAAUUCAUAUCUUGCUGGAUCGAGACUAUCAAUUCUUGAAUUGAGAUUUCCAGAAAAUACAUUAUUGCAGCAAUAUCGAUAUGUAUUGAGAAAAAGAACACCUUUGGAUGUUGCCUAUGAUUUAACAGUUACGGAAUUUAAAUUAAGUACUGCGACUAGAAUUUAUGACAGAUUUCUGUCAGGUGCUCAAUUUGUGAACAUUCCAGUUGGAAUGACAGAAACGUUUUAUUGUGAUGCAUGUGUUGCAACGUAUUUAGAUAUUAAUGAUUUGGGAUCAAAGGCAUCAUAUUAUUUGACAACCAUUCCACUUUCGAAUAAUGUCACCAUUAAUGCAAUUUUCACAUUAUCCAAUGCCAUGAAUUCCAAUUCAGUGAACGUGUGGAAAACAUCAAUGAGCGUUUCUAUAACGAAUUCAAAAGUGACCUAUUAUGUGACUUCUACCUUGAAUGCCAUUUCAGAUUUAUACAUUCAAGUGACAGCUGUCAAUUGUACAGACAUCAAUGGCAAUUAUUUACCGCAAAACACAUGCCCAUUUUCCUUCUCAGUCAAACCUAACAAUCGACGUGCUUUCGUAUCAGGUAUUGAUGCUGCCAUCGUGGUCACAGCCGUCGUCCUUAGCUCUGUAAUCUUCCUCGCGCUCAUUAUUUCCUCCAUUUACUUUUUUUACAGAUAUCGAAUGAGCAAACGUUUCGAUCUCCAUGAAGAUCGAAAUGGCAAUUUCAGAGACAUGUCUUCCUUCGCUCAUUUGGCGCAUCGAUCGAGCGGUGGAGUUAAUACCUAUGAUGAAAGCCGACAACCACACAAAUCCAAUGAUCCUUUCGUUCGAUUAGAUAAAUUACAUGGCUAUUCAUUGGAUUCAAGUACUCAUUACAUCAUGGAUGCUAAUGUGAAUUCCAAUGCAAGAAAUGUUUCUAAUAAUUUACAAAAUGGAAUUCCAAUUCAAGAAGCAUUACAAUAUGGAGUGGAUGUGAGAAAACAAACCCCAUUGACACCUCAAAUGAUGAUACCUCAAGUGGGACAUAUUUUGACCGAUUCCAUGAUUCCUCAUUUGGAUCAACCAGUGUUACAAGAGGUGGAAAUGCAAGAACUGUCAAAUGUCACACAGAAUCCACUCUUGUUUCAUCCAUCCAUACAAAUGAAACCAUCAGAACAAGAACCAUUUCCAUCGAUGAAUGAUUACAUCACAUCUGGAAAUGAAUACUUCUCAUCACAAACUGAUUCAAUCGUUGUCGAUCCACAAUCAUCAAUGACUGUAAAUCAAGAAACGAUCCAAAACAAGAACGAACAUCAAUCAUUGGAACAUGAUCCGUCUGAUGUAGCUGCUGCUGAACAUUCCAAUCCUCCAUCUACUUCAACUGCAAUUUCUUCAUUUCAUGAAAAUUCAUCAAUUCUCAAUAAUUAG